AGAGAGGAGUCCCAUGGCAACGCCGCCACCUCCGCGUCGACGGGCUGCCGACGCUACAUUGGAGCACCGCGCAUCGCUGCCGCGGCUGCAGUGGAGCUCCGCCGCGCUGGUGUUGCGGCUUCACCGGGGGAUGCAAUGGUGUCCGCCGGUGCUGCAAACGACGAAGCACGCGCAUCGCCGUCGCAUGUUCAUCCGCCCGUCCCUGCCAUGUGCUUCACCACAGCAACCCCAUCGGCGUCUCACUGCGUUGGAGCACCGCCGUGCGCGGUGGCAGCACUGCAUUGACGCUUCGUCGGACGCCAUCGUGGUGCUGCCAUGAAGCUCGUGGCACCGGCGUGGCGCAGUGAAGCUCCACCGGUGGCGCACAUCGAGAUGCUGCCAUGAAGCCCGCCACGCCGGCGUGGCGCAGUGAAGCUCCGUCGGUGGCACACGUCGAGGUGUUGCCAU